AACGCUCCUCAUACAGUUACCAGCAAAGAUUAACAUGUUCGGUCUUCGCAAGUUCAGCACCCCCGUCCUUCGCCCCAUGGCUCCUUUCUUCAUUGGUACCGUUGCCAUCAUCUACCUCGUUGGAAAGGCACAGACCGCUAUGAUUGAGAGCGACGAUUACAAGAACGACCCUAGAAACCCUGCUCUUGCAAGCAAGAAGGCACAUUAAAUAGCUGGUGUCUAACAUACUUAAGAACCAACCAAAAAUCCCUUCUAUCAAUGCUUCAGUGUAGAAAAUAAACAGCAAUUAUGCUUCAACUAGAUUCCAUUCAGGACUCACAACCUGGUGUACAGUGAUGUCC